AACUAUGAGAACAACUCAGAUCUGAUCUGACACUCGUCGUGUGCACUCAAACACUGUGUUUCUAACCAGAGUAUUGCUCUCUUUCCUUAAAAAACCUGCAAAAAUAUAUACAAACCGUCAAAAAAGUGUAUUUCAACUUAUUUUGCAAUUUUGAUGAUCGGCUAAAAAUUUGAUACUAAAAAUCAACUUUUAUCGCAUCAUAUUCUUCCAUUCAGUCAUCAUUGUCCCCAUCGUCGACAUCAUUACCAGAGUUUUACAACAAUUAUUAUUUAAGGCCUGUUUUUCUCAUUCACUCUCUAAUGUUUAGCAUUGAUAGUCAUAUAAAAUACUAGUUAUUGGUCUCAUAGUGUUUGGUUGUCUUUCAAGUAAUACCUAAACAUUGGUAUCACUCGUAUCUGUGGAGAGCUGUGUUCGUAGAGUGCAUUCAUCGCGAGCUCCGUCUGUGUUAUGGCAACGCCAGUGUCUGUUUGAGUCAGGCAUUGGUUGCAUUGGUAUCACGUGUCGGUGGAUUGGGUUGUCUUAAUCAUAUUGGUUGGUAUAAUGCGCUAUUAAAGUGUGCCGGAGGUUUCCUGGAGAGCAUAGCAGUAUCGGCCAUAAUUCAUCAAAAUUGCGUGGAAUAUUGGGAACAAUUACCAAACAAAUCAUUCAAGAGAGCAGAUGAGCUCAUAUCAGUUCGUCAAUUCUCUUACCUCGUGCUACGGACAGCCCGGUGUCCGGUCGGCCGUCGCACCCGAGGCCGCACAGACUCCACAAGACUAUUACACACCACAAGCAGUCUAUAAUAACUGCUACGCGAGUGCGGCCAACAGUGCUGUUUCGGGCGCCACUCAGCCCACAUCACCCGCCUAUUCGGCAUAUCUGCAGAAUGGCGACCAUCACAGCAGUCAUCAUCACUCGAGUCAUCCACACGUCUCCUCACAUCACAGAGAACUUCAUCCCUAUUCGAGCAAUUCGUGUUCCCAAUCGGCCUCUCAGGCCGUAGUCCAGUCUCGGCUCAGUCAUCAUGGCUCGGCUCAGCCUAUUCUACCCUCUCGAACACCAACCUCUCCAUCGAGUUGUAAGUACGCCAUUGAUUCCGCCUCAUCGCCUCAAGAUCUCAGCACAUCCAGUGGUGGUGCCGGCCAAUCACCCGAACCCAGAGCCACACCACCGCAAGGCUCACAACGAGGGUCGACCGGAUCGGCACAGAAUAUAUCGCAACCUAACAGUGGAAACACCGCUCAAAAUAAUUCACAAGGAAAUGGAGCCAAUGGAGGCAAGAACGGCACUUACGGCUCAUCAAAUCCACCACAUAUUUAUCCCUGGAUGAGGAAAGUCCACGUCGGCCAAAACGGUGUGAACGCAAUGGGAGAGACCAAAAGGCAGAGGACAUCGUAUACAAGAUAUCAAACACUAGAGUUGGAGAAAGAGUUUCAUUUCAAUCGGUAUCUCACGAGAAGACGUCGCAUAGAAAUCGCCCAUUCGUUAUGUCUGAGCGAAAGACAAAUCAAGAUAUGGUUUCAAAAUAGACGGAUGAAGUGGAAGAAAGAGCAUAAAAUGCAAAGUGUAGUUCCGCCACAAUUACCUCAAAUGUUAGGUCCAGUCGACCAUCAUUUGCAUCAUCUUCACGAAACUAAAGCGUGAAGAGCAUCAAAAAACACUACCACUUAAAUCACAAAUAUAUAAAUUU